UCAUGAACAAUAUUGGCUCGUGUAAGAAAAAAACUGAGCUAAAUUUGUAAAAAAUUCCACACCAUCAAAAUGUCAAGAUCAGAUCCUUUAGUAGUAUCUGGUGUAAUAGGAGAUGUAUUGGAUCCAUUUACCAGGUCUGUAGACUUUAAUGUGGUUUACAAUAAUAGGGUGCAGGUCUACAAUGGCUGUGGAUUGAGGCCUUCACAAAUUGUCAACCAACCUAGGGUUGACAUUGGAGGAGAUGAUCUUGGCACUUUUUACACUCUGGUUAUGGUGGAUCCAGAUGCUCCAACCCCGAGCAACCCAAACCUGAGGGAGUAUCUCCACUGGCUGGUCACAGAUAUCCAAGCAACCACAGGAGCAAACUUUGGCAAUGAAAUUAUACAUUACGAGAGUCCACGACCUUCAUUGGGAAUUCAUCGCUAUAUUUUCGUGUUGUUUCGGCAAUUUGAUCGAGGGGUUGUGAUAGCUCCUGAUAUAAUUGAUUCUCGUCAGAAUUUUAACACUAGAGACUUUGCAAGAUUUCACAAUCUCAAUUUGCCUGUUGCUGCUGUUUACUUCAAUUGCAAUAGGGAAGGGGGUACUGGUGGCCGUCGCCUAUAAAUAAGUUUAACUUAUAUAUACUGUCAGUGUACGAAAUUUUUACACUAUCGAGUCAUAUUUAUGGUUCAAAAUUAUAAUCUCAUAUUUUAGGAAAAUGCUUUAGGUGAUUUGAUAAUGUAAAAAUAUCUUACACUGACGGUAUAUAUAUUAUUUAAACUCAGAAAGAAAUAAUGUCUU